UAAAAAAUUUUUGCUUUUCCAUUUCUUUCCUAUAUUUAUCAGUGCUUAUAGACCACACUGCUGUUUCCCUGUAAAGUACUUAAUUCUCCUCCCCAUACAUAAUAGGAAACAUUUCCAUACCUCUUUGUUGCUUAAGGUAAGCAUGUUAAACACUGAAUAUUAUGUCUGGAAAGGUUCUUAUAUAAUCUUUUCCUCUGCCCAAGUCAGGGUCAAAUAUUUCUUUGCUACUGUAGAUCAGCGUUUGGCUGACCCUUGUUACAGCCAGCUGAUAACAGGAACUGCACAGUUCCUGCAGGGAACCCAGUCCACUGCUUCACCAGUUAACUAUUAGUGUUCCUGCAGGUUCGUUUAUAGACUCCUCACACAAGUAAAUGCCUCCACAGAUGAUUUUCAAAAGGACCCAUUCAUCAGGGAACGUGAAGUUUCUUUCUGUGAGCUCUCAUCUUUAAAGGACAGCAAGGAUUAAGAUGCAAAGUAGAAAGGCUGAGGACAAAACAUCCCUUAAAGAGGGUUUCAGUUCUUGACAGUGGAACCAGGAAGUUGGAGGUUUUCCUCAGUAUUCUGUAUGCACAGUCAUACCAGUGCACACUUUGAAACUUUCACUGCACAUCUGUGCAUCACUGCAUGGUCUAGGCACCACGCCAGAGGCUGAAUUCCUGCGAGUCCGUGCAGCUCCCACACGUUUACAGCACUAGGACCCAGAGGGAGCUUCAUUUCUGUGAGUCAGUGCAGCUAGCUGAGCCCUGUGAGCAGUGAAUGAGGCUGGAAAGGCAGAGGGAAUGUGAAUGGCUCUUCUGGCUUGGGAAAGUGUCCACAGACUGGGGUGCUACGGACAACAAACCAGCUCGGACAACCCUCCGGAUUCCGGGUACUGCCGGCGUCCAGUGCCACUGCUCUGAGUGGAAUUGCAGAAUAAGCAACUCCCAGACUGAGCUACGCAGUCAGACUGGCCCGAUGGCAUGCGGCAGCCAACCCCAAUUCGGCAUCUGGAUGAAAUAAACAUCUUGCUGGGGGAGCAGCUUUCUGUGCAGUACACUCUGAGGUGCAUAGCGUAAUGUCCAUGCUGUACUACACUCUGAUCAUAGCUUUUUUGAUCGGCACACAGGCAGCUCCAAAGUCAGAGGACAAUGUUCCACUGGAGUAUCCUGCAGAACACUCCCCACUCAAUACCCACCGGAGUAACAGACACCACAUUCCCAAGGCAGCUCCACAGACAUCCCAGGGCCACUCUACUUGGACGAUAAGUAGAACAGAAGCUAUAAAUAUCACCAUGGACCCCAAGGUUUUUAAGAAGAGGCGAUUCCGGUCCCCUCGGGUGCUGUUCAGCACACAGCCCCCCCCAGUGUCAGGGCAAGGAAACAACAUGGGAUUUCUCAGCAGUGCAGGUGCUCUCAACAGGACUGCCAGGACCAAGAGGACUGCACAUCCCGUGUUACACCGGGGAGAGUUCUCAGUAUGUGACAGCGUCAGCAUGUGGGUUGGGGACAAGACCACAGCCACUGACAUUAAAGGCAAAGAGGUGACGGUGUUGGGAGAAGUCAAUAUUAACAACAACGUUUUUAAGCAGUACUUUUUUGAGACCAAGUGCAGGGACCCUAAGCCAGUGUCCAGUGGGUGCCGAGGGAUCGAUGCAAAGCACUGGAACUCUUACUGCACCACCACACACACCUUUGUCAAAGCGCUGACCAUGGAGGGCAAACAGGCGGCCUGGAGGUUCAUCCGCAUUGACACCGCCUGCGUGUGUGUGCUCAGCAGGAAGUCAGGGAGGCCCUGAGGUACAUCUAAACCCCCUGAGAACAUCCUCCUACCCCCCUACCUCAGCCUGUAAAUUAUUUUAAGUUAUAAAGGACUGCAUGGUAUAUUUAUAGUUUAUACAGUACAAAAAAAAGGAACCUCAUUAUUUAUUAAACUCUUUUGGAAACUU